CUCCUUUUUCUCUCUCCUUUUUCUCUCUCCAACUCUAGAUUUCUGAGAUUGUAGGUGAGUCUGAUGGAGCUCGAGGCAGCACACCCCUGCAGGCGAAGGAGGCUCUCAUGAAUUGGGCUCAGCGCAAUGUCAAGGACUACCCCGGCGUUCAGAUCAAAGACUUUGGCAGGAGUUGGAGAGAUGGGUUGGCUUUCAAUGCCAUCAUUCACAAGAACAGGCCUGACUUGAUUAACUACGAGUCCCUAAAGCCAUCCGAGCACCGGGCCAACUUGGAACGUGCCUUCAGUACUGCAGAGAAACACCUUGGAGUUACUCGUCUCCUAGAUCCAGAAGAUGUGGAUGUCCCCAAACCAGACGAUAAGUCCAUCAUGACCUACGUGUCCUCGCUCUACAAUGUCUUCCCCAGAGUCCCUGAGAGCAGUACUUCUUUCUCUUCCUCAGAGAGAAAAUCUGGCAAAGCGUCCCUCACCAAAUCUUCUCGAACUGAGAGAACCAUUAAGUCUACUUCUUCUACAAGAGUGGAGUCCGGCAGACCCAUGUCAGGGGCUUCUGCAACAUCAUCUAGGAUCGAGUCCCCAAUCGCAUCAUCUAGAAUCCAGUCCCCAGUCGCAUCAUCUAGGAUCGAGUCCCCAAUCGCAUCAUCUAGAAUCGAGUCCCCAGUCGCAUCAUCUAGAAUUGAGUUCCCAGUAGCAGCUAAAGUUGAGUCCUCAAUUACUCCCCAAGUCAAGCCCAAAACGCAAAGCUCACCGCAAAGACGACCAAAUGAACCCCGCUUUGACACGUAUACCAUUGAUAAAAUGGUACAGUCCAUUCCAACAGCUGUAGAAGAGCCAAUACAAUCACAGCGAGCCCGUUCCGCACAACAGUACAGCAGACCAGGCGGGUCUAGUUACAGACAGUCUGAGCCACCAAUUAGGGUUGAAAUAAAAAAACCAGUGCACUCAUCCAUCGACUUUGGUAGUGCACCUGCUGCAGACUCUGGCAAGUCCGCACAACAGUACAACAGACCAGGCGGGUUUAAUCAAAGACAGUCUGAGCCACCAAUUAGGGUUGAAAUAAAAAAACCAGUGCACACAUCCAUAAACUUUGGUAGCGCACCUGCUACAGACUCUGGCAAGAUAAUACUCUUGCCACGCUCAGGGUAUUACCAACAACGCACCCAUGUUACGUCCUCAAACGGCGGUGCAACCAAUAACUCGGCGUCCUCCAGAGAUUCUGACUGGGAGCCAUACAAGGUGUCGUCCCAGCGUCACCUUGAGUGGGUCAAGCAUGCUACCCUCCUCAUGGAAGACCGCAACUUCCCCAGAGAUGCGACCGCCAUGAAGAACUUGCGUCGUGAUUUCCAACGGUUCCAGACUGAUGAGGUCCCCACUAAGCUUCAGGAAAAGAACCGUCUCAUCGCAGACUUCAGAGCUCAAGAGCGCUCAAUGAAGGCAACAGGCCACUUCCGUCCCCCGGUCGGCCUGCAGCCCAAUGACAUUGAGGAUGCAUGGAGUCGUCUCUCGUUGGCCCAGCAACAGAGAGAUAACAACCUGCAAUCAGAGGUCCACAAGCAAGGAAACAUGGAUUCCCUCGUUGAUCAUGUGACCCGCCAGAUCGUCCAAGUCUCCAGCGAUCUGGAAACCAUAGAAACGCGCAUCCAGGAAUCCGACGGAAAAGCAGACAAGAUGACCGCUACCGAUGUCCGUCUUCUGAUCGACGACAUCGAGAGUGCAUCAAAGACCUGUGAGAACAACAUUCGUAUCUUGGACAAAGAGGUCCAACAACUGAGAGAUGGUCAACAUUCCAUGGCUCUGUCCCUAGCCAAGAGGGUUGAUGAUCUCCAGAACAAACUCAUGGCGGUGCGCAACUACCAGAUCGCCGGCAAGACCCAGAGCGUGACCACCCGCACCACCGUCAAAGGGGAACAGAUUCGCGUGGAGCGUCGCGUGCAGCUGCACACCGAACGCAGAAUCGUGGACCCCAAGAUCUACGGCUUCCUCAGUGAAUGUUCCAGCUGGGUGCAGAGUAAAUCUGUGUCUAUCCGUACUGCCCAUUCUGGUCAAGACUUGAACUCUGUCCAGACGUCCCUAGCCCAGGCCAAGGCUGACCUUCAGGUUGUCAAAGAGUUUGGGGUCAACAUUGAGCGCUGCAGAUCUGUCCAGAAAAAUCUGACUGGAGAGGAUUUGCAACGCUACGUAGAGCAAAUGAACAAACUGGAUGAGGAGUAUAGACAACUGAUGGACCAAUCUGUGAACCGUGUUGGUGACAUGGAAGCCCUGCUAGACUUUGUUCAAGCCGCUACCAAGGAACUGAUGUGGCUGGAUGAGAAGGAGGAGAUUGAAGAGUCGAGGGACUGGAGCGCCAAGAACAUGGACAUUUCUGAACUUGAAAAGUACCACAAGAGCUUGAUCAAAGAAGUUGAGAUGCGUAAGCGUCAGUUUACAAGUGUCCAGCAGCGUGGAGAGAAGAUGGUCAUGGAUAGACAUCCCGCUACAGAGACAAUCAGUGCUUACCUAUCUACGAUGCAGGGCCAAUGGAACUGGCUUCAGCAGCUUCUUGUCUCCCUAGAAACCCAUCUGAAAUACGCCGCCGAGUACCACCAGUUCUUCCGAGACACUCGAGAGUGUGAUCAUUGGAUGGGUAGACAGGCCGAGCUUCUCAAUGUCAGAUACGAUCGCCAAGAUAUCAAAUUGGAAGAGGCUGAUAAGUUACUACUAGAGUUAAAGGAGCUUGAGACACGCCUGUCUGAGUACAGGGUGAUCGUACGAGACCUGGUAGGGAGGGGCGGGAAGAUAGUACCUCUCAAGAAGAGAAGACAGAAGAUACAUUCCAGCAUACCGGUGACUGCAGUGUGUGAUUAUGCAGGCAUCGACAUUCACAUUCAGAAGGGAGAGAGGUGUACCCUGACUGAUAAUUCCCACCGUAUGAAAUGGAGAGUCGUGAACAGCCUUGGUCUAGAAGGCUUUGCUCCAGGAGUUUGCUUCCUCAUUCCCCCACCGAACAAUGAAGCUGUAGAUCUAACAAAUAAAUUGGAGGAUCAGCUGAAUAGGUUACUAGCGUUGUGUCGCUCCAAGCAAACCAAGCUGAGAACAUGGAUGAGCCAACAGCAGAUCUCACAGGGUGUGGAGACAGUCAGACAGUGGACAUUAGAACAGUUUGAAGGAAUGGAGCCCACUCAACGUCAAGCAACCAUUCAGAAGCUCAACCAAAGCAAGCAACAGCUGGAAGAAGUCGCAGCAGCUACCCCUCAGAGAGAAGUCAUGUCGGUUCGACCAGAGGUCAUCAGUCGACAUCCCCAGGUUGAGGUUGACGCAGGGGUCAGGGGUCGUGAACCCGAGGUCAUAGGUCGACAGGAGGUCACGGAGGACUUCUUGAAUCAGGAUCUUAUCAGGGAGGUUGAGAGCUGUAACCAGCUCAUUGAUGAGAUGUCAGCAAGGACUCAGAAAGGUGCUACAACUGAUGUAGAAUCUGGGAGAUUACUCGGUGACAUUGAUACCAUGAUGGCUAAACUAGAGAAAGAAGAUUCUGCCAUGAGUUCCAGAGACCAGGGCCCACUUCCAAGAACUGCUCCCCAAGCAGAUACUACAUUCCAAGAACAUAAGAAAUCCCAUGCGGUACUGACCAGCGACCAACCAAAGUACGACAGUCUCAUCCUUGCUUGUGAUCAGCUCCUGGCUGGCAAGAAACCAAAGGAACUCAAAGAUGUGAGGAAGAAGAAGGAGAAACUAGAAGAGGCCUGGGAAAAGACCAUCUCACAUUCAUACACAUCAACACAAAGAAUGUCCCUCAUGGCUGACCUUCUUCCAAACUUGACCCGGGUCGAAGAGUUCCUCACCAGCUGCGAAAAUAUCCUCAGAGGUCAUGACCCCAUGUCAUGUGACCUAGACAGACAUCAGGCCAUCUCUGACCAACUGCAGGAAUUACAACGAACACUGCCACCAUUCCAACCCGUGGUUGAUCAGUUGAACUCGGACCUGAAGCACGUCCGAGAGACCAUGGAGGGCGCCGUCAGAAUGGAAGCUGACCAGCUCCAGCAGAAGGUCCAGUCAGUCAAUAACAGAUGGGAGGAGGUCUGCUCCCAAUCACACCAAAGAUUAGAAAAGCUUGACCAAUCUGGCGACACCCUUCACCAGUUCAACGACCAGAUGACCAGCGAGAGCAACUGGAUCUCUGCGGCCGAGGUCACUCUCAUGGAGUUCAGUCAUGUAGCUCGGGACCAGCUCAACCUUCAACAGCAGUUCAUUGCUGCUCGGGAGUUUAACCAGGAGGUUGCAAUGCAUGAACCCAGGAUACUGAAUGUGAACGAGGCCGGGGAGACGUUCAUUACACAGGCAGAGUCCUAUGAUGCAGUACUUGAAAAAUUCAGGGCCACGAUGGAGAACCUUCAUGGCCCUUCCCCUCCCAAACAUGCCAGAAUGCAUCGAGGUGCGGAGGUAGCUCGCCAAGAGCUUGACGCCCUUAACAAACGAUACAGGGAAUUGGUGGCUACCGUCACGGAGAGAGUGGAUAACAUCAGUGCUGUCGGCAAGAGGGAGAAUAUUGAGCUUCAUGCUUCUCCAGAGAUGUACAAAUCAUUCUCACCAACCCGCCAGAGCAUUGUAACCAAGAAAGUCUUCGAAGGAUUGCCUAAACAACGCAGCCAAGCCUUCUUGACCUUUGGCGGGUCAACCCCUGUACAGCCUUCUGCCAGUGGAGGGAGCUAUAACCUGCGCGUGAGGAUGGAGGCUCCAGCUGGGAAACCUCAAAUGAUUGAUCCGUAUGUGGAGACCAUGAUAGCUGAGACACGACUAAGCCAGGAUCAGUCAAGUCCAAGUGCGAGGGGUGAUGGAGGAUUGGCUAGCCAAGCCUUCCUGACCUUCGAGGGCAGCCCAAGCCUUGUACAGCCUUCUGCCGGUAGAGGGAGCUACACGGUGCGUCUCGGGGAUGAGGCUCCUGCUGGGAAACCUCAAAUGAUCGAUCCAUAUGUGGAGACCAUGAUAGCUGAGACACGACUAAGCCAGGAUCAGUCACUCCCGAGUGUGAGUGCUGAUGAAGGAUUGCCUAAACAACGUAGCCAAGCCUUCCUGACCUUUGAAGGCAGGUCAAUCCCUGUACACCCUUCUACCAGUGGAGGGAGCCCUGACCCAAGAUAUGGAAUUGUGGAUUCGGCUGGAACACCUGGAAUGAUGGAUCCAUCUGUGGAGGCCUUAAUAGAGAAUACACGGCAAACCAUGGAUCAGACGAACCCUGACUUCAAACCUGAUGAACUGGGCGGAAGCCGCAGCCGUACGAUUCACAUCCGUAAAGUCCAUACUGUGCGAACACUGCAAACUCUGGAGGCUGAGGCUAUGGAUCCAGAAAUGAGUUACCUAUCUGUAGACGCCACAACAGCCGAUUCAUGGCAAUCUCUAGUUGGGGCCGAUCUGGACAAGGAGUUCCGCAACAUCUUCCAGGCUGUCAGUGACCUCUGCUACUGGACUAAUGUCACCCAGCAGAAACUGACCAACCUGGAACCGGUCAGCAAGGACAUUCCAACCCUGACCUUCCAGCUUGAGAAGCACAAGAACUUUGUUGAGGAGAUUGUCCACCAGAAGGAACCCAUCGGUGAAUCCUUGACCAACGCUGACCGCUUCAUCUACCAGAACAAGGACAAGUACCUCAAACAGGAGCAGCAGAAGGAGCUCACCACCAAGAUGAGUGACCUCCGUAGGGGUUACGAUGACAUCGGUUCUCUGGCUGAUGCCCGUCUCAGGGAGCUGCAGUCUGCUCUCGGUCACCGCCGCAAGGAGAAAGAGGAGAUGACUGUCCUUGAGAGGCGAUACAGAGAAGAGGUCACUAAUCUUCAGGACUUGCUUCGCUGGCUGUCCGAGACUGAGCACGCCAUGGGAUCAGCUCAGCCUCAGAGCGAAAAAGUUCAACCUCUCAAUGAACAACUUAACAAGAUGAAGGCCUUGAGGGAUGAUGUUGUCAGCAAAGAACGUCCGGUCCGUGAGUGUACCGAGAACGUGCUCCACUUCCUCAAGAGCCAGGGAGAACGGCUUAGCCGGGAGGAACGAGAUAACCUCCAGCAGAGCAUCUCCGAGCUGCGGAUGCGUUAUGAGCGCCUUGGCGAACAUUCCAACUCCCGCGUGACUCAGCUUGGUGAGGCAUUCGACUACCUGCGAGGAUUUGACCGGGACGUUGCUGGCUUCGAGCACUGGGUCAAGGAGAGGAUGAUGACUGUAGAGGGCUUCAGUCGCGAUGCUGGACGGGACAUCAACGUCUUGAAGAAGCAGAGUGGACAGCUUCAGGCACUCAAUGCUGAUAUUCAGUCGCAUCGGGAUGAUUUGAACAAGAUCAAUGUUUCUGGACAAGGCUUCCUCAACAAUGCUAAGGGAUACAAGCAAAUGCUGAAUGAGUUCCGGACCAACGCUCUACCACGCCAGUUCAACAAGACCUUCACAGAGGCUCCAGACUCUAACAUCAUCCCAGAUCGCCUGAUGCGCCUCAACGACAACUUUGAGAGACUUAUGGCCAACUCUGAUCUCACCAAUAAAAAGUGGCAGGACCUCAUCUCUAAGCACCAGCAAUACAAUGAGAACCUGACCAGUACUCGUACAUGGACACAGAAGUCAGAGCAGACUCUCACCAAGCUCCUGCAGGAACCAGUAGCAGCAGAACCUGUGGCUGUGCAGCAACAGAUUGAAACACUCAGGACCUUCAAUGAUGACAUCAUUGCCCAUUCCAAUGACAUUGAUCACUGCAAGGAGGCUGGAAAGGAACUAGCAGACGUUCAGGAUGAAGUCAAGAACGAUGUCCAGAAAUCAAUCACUGACAUCCAGGAUAGGUACAACCGGAUGGAGCGCCAGGUUGCUGAGCGUAGCAACACCCUGCAGAUGACCCGUAUGCAGUGCCUGAGUCUCCAGGACUCUCUUCAUAGCCUUCUGAUCUGGCUGGAGGAGAAGGAGAACACCUUUGACAAGCUGGAGAAGGGAACCAGGAUGAUGAUCAAACGCAAUGCACUCAUGGAGCAGUUGCAACAGCAUAAGCUUCUGCAAACGGAUAUUGACAGUCACAAACCGAGUGUCGAGUCGGUCAAUGAAUCCUCAGCCGAACUCAUCCGAGAGUGCGACCCCAAGAUGGCGCGCAACAUCCAAGGUCGUCUGGAUGACCUCAACUCGCGUUUUGAGCAUGUAAUUGUGCGUGCUCGAGGUCGCAAGGAUCUCCUGGGCUCUCUCCUGGACAAACUCAAGAUGCUCCUGGAGGAGGUUGGUGACCUGGAGGACUGGCUCCUUCCUUUGGUCGAUUCUCUGGAGUCCAGGGAUAUCUCCAGGAUGGAGCUCCCAGAUCUCGGAAGUAGGCUGGAGGACAACAAGCAGCAGGUUGAGAAUCGCAAGCCUCAGUAUGAACACAUCCAGACCCUGUGCAAGGAGCUGCUGCAGGAAGCCCGUCUGAACGACACCACCUACGUUUCAGACAUCCUGGACAACGUGGGCCAGAACUGGAAGUGCAUGGACCUGGCCCUGCAACGAAGGCUGUCCCAGUGGGAGAAACGUAGCGAGGCCUUCCAGAAGUUUGAUGGCAAGGUGAGGGAGGGACACCAUUGGUUGGACGGCAUGGAGGAUAAGGUGCAGCAUCUGCAGCCUAUCGCCAGGGAUAGCGAGACCAUCAACAUCCAGAUCCGCCAACUAGAGCCUCUCCAGCAGGAGUACGUAGCCUACAGGCCCAACGUUGAAGAUGUCCACAAGCUCUGCCGUAACCUGGACACCAUCACCAGGGAUGCGUCUCUUCCGCUAGCCAUAGCUCCAAGACGGUCCAGCCUGUCGGUUACCCCAAGGGACCGGUCCAAUCUCUACCAGAGGAAUGCAUCUGCAGUACCGAAAGAGAAGGAACGCUCUCGUACUUCUUUCCUUUAUGAAGAAACUACAGAGGCCCAGCGAGUCACCAAGCGCACCAUCGACCGUUACGACGCCCUCGGCAACAAGCUGACGUUCCGUCGUGAGGAGUUAGACGCCUUCCUCAACCUGUCCAAGCUGUUCAACGACAAACUGCGCUCUGUGAAAUCCCAGCAGGACUGGCUGUCCAACCUGGAGGCUCAGCUAGACUCCCAGGGUCCGCUCAGCAGCGAUAUCAAUCAGCUUGAGCAACAGCUCAGAGCCAUGCAGGGAGUGAAGAGUGAGCUGAGUGACAACAAGCGUACCAUCGAGGAGAUCAUUGUGGCCAUCGAGGGGUUCCUCAGGGAUCACAAGGAUCGUCUGAGUCCUGAUCAGCAGGAUGCUCUCCAGAGACGCAUCUAUGACCUCCGUACUCACUUUGACCAGGCCAACUACAAGGCUUCUGAUUCUACUCGCAAGAUGCAGGAUCAGUUGAACUUCCUGAAAGAGACAGAGGAAAAGAUCCAAUCGCUUCGUAACCUGAUGGAGUGGGUGAGUGACAUUGAGCGUCAGCUGGUCCUCCAGCAGCCAAUGAAUGAAGAAAUGAGACCUCUUGGUGAACAACAGAGGAAACAGAAGGUAAUUCAUGAAGAUGUCCGACAGCAUCAUGAACUGGUCAUGCUGGCCGUACACAAUGGUCAGUUCUUGUUGGAAAGCCAGCCAGAGAGACUGAGUGACAGCAGCACAUCAGCUCUCAGAGAGUACUCAGUAGAUCUCAAGAGAUGGCCAGAGACCCUGAAUGAAAACAGCUUUACAACUCUCAGAGAUUGCAUCAUAGACUUAAAGAACCGCUUUGAGAACGUCAGCUCGGAAUCAGACACCCGCAGCCAACAGGUGAACUCCGGCCUGAACGAGGUCCAGAAGUUUGACCGUGAGUUCUCGUCCUUUGACACCUGGCUGUGCUCUGCAGAACGAACGCUUGAAGCGUACCUGAUGGACGUGGCCAGGGACAGGGAUGGCCUUCGCAAGCAGGUCAACAAGAUCCAGCCUUUCAAUGAAGAGGUCGUUGCACACUCUGCCGAUCUGCGCUUCAUCAAUAUGUCUGGACAGAAGUUCCUGGGUGAAAACCAGGUCUUCAAGCAGAGGCUAGCCGACUUCCGUGACCUCGUGCAGACAGCCAAGCAGUACCUGCGCAACUUCAGGGAGGAGCCUGACUCGCACAUCAUCUCUGACAAGCUCAACGACAUCAACGACCGCUACGCCAAGCUCAAGAUGCGUUGUAACGAGCACACCCAGCGUAUCCUCAAUCUCCUGGGGCUGCACGAGAAGUGGCGCUUCUCCACGGAGGCGGUGACGACCUGGAUUGAGGACAUUCAUGUGACCAUCCAAGAUAUGGAGAGAGAACCGAUCGCUGAGGAUAGGACAAGGGUGCAGGAGCAGGUUGACCAAGUCAGGGUUGUUCAUGAUGAUGUUGCACGCCAUCUGAAGGAUGUAGAGAAAGUGAAGGCGGCUGGUAAUGAGCUAGCGGAAGCGCAAUCUGACCUCAAACCAACCAUCGACAAGGCUGUCAACGAGAUCAUCAACAAGUAUGACACGGUGAACACCAACCUCGCCCGCAAGGACAAUGACCUCCAGAACGCCCUCGCUGACAUGCAGGGUCUUCAGGAUGGCAUGGAUACGACCCUUAGCUGGUUAGAUGACCUAGAGAGGAGGGUCGGACGACUCGAUGGGGCAAAGGUCACGGUCAAGAAGGAACCUAUCUUGGAAGAGAUGCAGAAUGUCAAGCUGAUUGACCAAGAGCUCCAGAGCAGACGCCCCACCAUGGAGGCGCUCCAGGACAAGGCUAACAAGCUGGCCCAGACUGGCAACCCAGCCACCGCACGACAGAUGCGCAACAACAUCGACAACCUCAACCGUCGCUAUGAUGCCCUCGUCACGACGUCCGGUCAGUACAACGAGGAUCUGCAUGGCAUGCUAGAUACCCUAGGCAAGCUAUGCGAGGAUGUGGAUAAUCUGGAGGAUUGGGUGUUCCCGACCUUGGAUGUCCUGGAAUCUAGGGAACUCAAGAAACAGGAGAUACCCGAUAUUGAGAAAGUCACCAAGAGGAUUGCACGUGAGGUAGAUGAUCACACACCAGAGUACAAGCGCAUCAAGCGAGUCGCUGACGAGCUGAUCCGACACAAGCGCACUCGUGAUGCGACCUUUGUCACAGAUCUCAUGCGUAGUUUUGAUCGUAACUGGCAAACCAUGGAGGAGGCCCUCACAAGGCUGAACACCUAUCUCAAGGAGAGAAAGGAUGUCAACGACAAGUACCGCAAUGCUGUCAAGGUGGUCCAAAUGUGGUUAGACUCUACAGAAGACAAGUAUGAACACCUACCAGACAUUGCUAGGUCCCUCAAUGAACUCAAGAAUCAACUGGAACAGAUGAAGCCUCUGAAUCGUGAGGUGACCAGCUUCAAGCCCAAGGUUGACCAGACCUACGAGCUCGGCAAGACCCUUGACGCUCUCAUCCAGGCUGCUGAGACGGUGGUCACCAACAGGAGGCGCUCUACUCAGGUAGCAGGAGGUCAGGUGGCACGCACAGAACGUCGCGUUGUAGAGAUCCAACAGAACUUCCAAGUCUCAGAAGACACGGAGGUGAUGCGAGAGGUGCGCAACCUCCGCAACCGCUACGACUCUCUCAGCAAGAACGUCCAGCUGCGCGAGGACAACAUCACAGACAUGUACGAGGUCAUUCGCCAGUAUGAAGAGCGCAACAAAGACCUACAAGGCCUUCUGGACUGGAGUCGUCCAAUCAAGGCCCGUCUUAAGGAACCUAUCCCAAACAUCACUGAUGUGGCGUCGCUUCAGAACCUCAUUGCUGACCACAAGCGUCUCCAUGAGGAGCUGAUGAACAGGAGAUCCCACACCGUGGAGGUCAUCCAGAACGCAGAGCACUUCCUCCAUGACCACCGGACCAAGCUCACCAAGCCUCAGGUGGAGGAGAUGCAGAAGCGCAUUGAGGAGCUGAGGGAGUACUACGACACCCUGACUGGACUCUCCCAUGAGAAGCUGGCUAAGCUCAGGGAUAUGCUCAAUCAACUGGAGCUGGACAACCGUGACAAGACAAAUCUUGAGCAAGAGACCAAGCGUCGCGUUGACGCGUUGGUUGAGCUCCUGGACUGGAUCACAGUGGCUGAGCGUAACCUUGGCAAUGAGCAGCCAAUCAUGGAACAGUGCAAGCCACUCGGCCAGCAGAUACAGAACCACAAGGCCAUCUAUGAGGAUAUCCUGGCCCACCAGCAACCUGUCCUGCUGGCCGUACACAACACGGAUUCCUUCCUGGAGCGGAGGGGCACCCAGCUCAGCCCGGAGAUCCGCAACAAGCUCCAGGAGGGCCAGAACUCUUUGAGGACCCGCUAUGAGGUGGUCCAGAGGGAGGCCGAGACCAGGGCCAAGCAGCUCAACGUGGAGGAGGACGAGUUGGAGCACCUGGAGCCGGACAUGACCGAGUUUGAGAAGUGGAUCCAGACCGCGGAGAGGGAUGCCAGGCAGUUCUUUGAGAGCUUUGGCUCAGACACGCAGUCACUGCAGAAACAGGUCCAAGAUCUGAAGAGCUUCAACAAUGACAUCCUGGCUCACAAAGGUGACCUUCGAGUCAACAACAUCUCUGGCCAGAAGUUCAUGAAGGGCGCUGACAACUACAAGCGCAACCUCACCGACUUCCGCAACAACGUCAUGCCCCCUCAGUUCAAUCGCCAGUUCCGCGAGAACCCUGACCAGAACAUGAUCGGCAGCAAGCUGACCGACCUCAACCAGAGGUACGAGCACCUCUUCAAUUCGUGCGAUGGACAGUACAACACCUUGAGUGAUCUACUGGAGCGGUUGACGCGCUACAAGGUGUCUGUGGAUGGUGUAGAGACAUGGCUGCAGGAAGCCUAUGACACACAGGGCCGUCUCAUGAAGGAACCUGUUGGAGCCGAACCAGAGUUCAUCAAGAAGCAGAUUGAUCGAGUCCAGAUGUUCUAUGAAGAGGUUGUGCGACAUGGCCAUGACAUUGAGAAGGUCAAGGACACAGGGUGUGACCUCUAUGAAGCUCAUCCAGAGCUGAAGCCAGGUGUAGAAAGAACAACCAACACCAUAGAUGAGAAGUACAAUGGCCUCCUUGGGCAGUACAUGACCCGUCUGAACAUCCUUAGCAACGCCUUGGCUCAGUGCCAAGACUACGAGGAAAACAUCUUCUCCUUGAACCAGUGGCUUGAGACCCAUGAGCGUACUAUGACACAGAUGGAGAGCUCUCCUCUCAUCGCUAGGGUGGAACCUCUCCAAGAGUGUGUCACCAACACCAAGACCUUCAGCAGUGACAUGCAGACUAUCAAGCCUACCGUGGAGAACAUCAACAAGGUCUCCAAGUCACUCAUCCGUGAGUCGGAACCAGAGAUGGCUCGCAACGUCCAGACAAAGAUGGACAACGUCAACCGUCGCUAUGGUGACCUGCAUCAACGCAACGACACCUACUCAACGACUGUGAACACCACGUACGAGACGGUGACUAACGUUGAGGAUCUUGUGGAUGACUUUGAUGACUUUGUUCUGCCGACCGUUGAGAAGCUCAGCUCACCACAGUUCAUGAGACAGGAGACAAAGACUAUCAACAGGGAACUUGAUUCCACCAAGCAGCAGAUGGACCAGCACUUCCCUAAACUGAAGAUGAUGAAGACGCUGUCAGAAGAUGUCAAGAGCAGCCCCAACGUGAAGGACGCUACCCAUGUCACUUCACUUACCAAGACAUCAGACCAGAACUGGAACACACUCAAUGACAUCUACAAUACCAGGAGAACACAGGCCCAGGAACUUCAAGGGGCUCAGGAUCGUUACAGCAACAUCAACUCUGAGUUUGAGACCUGGAUGAACACUGUGGAGCGCAAGUAUGAGAGCCUGCCCUCUGGUGUCAAGGAUAAGCCAUCCCUUGAACGCCAGGUCACUGAAAUCACGCCCCUACACACUGAGGUCGACCAUGCGGUGAAGCGCAUGGACGAGGUCAAACAGGUUGGUCAGACCCUGGGUCAACUCCAGAGGGAAAUAGAGAAGCCUAUUGCGUACACCGUGCAACGCUCCAAGGAGUACAGCAUGCCACCUAUCGUCUCCACGGAGAAGAAGGCUCGCACCAUCGAAGAGGUCCAACGCAGCUUCACAGAGCCUCAAGAGUCUGCCAUCUCCCAAGAGAUCACCACCCACAACACCCGCUACGACACCCUCUUCAAGAAUCUUGGAGGUCGUCUGGAUGACCUGGAGCUGAUGCGACGUCUGAUGGCGCUCAACGACGACGGCAGCAAGCUAGUGGAUUGGGAGAUGACCACAGACAGCAGGCUCGAGAGGGAGGUCCCAAACAGUGAUGAUAUCGAUACGCUGCAGAAGGAGAUCAAGAACUAUCAGCAAAUCUCUGAAGAUAUCCAGAGGCACGGUCAGCCAGUGACCGAGACAUCAUCCAAGAUAGACACCUUCAACCGUGACAAUGCUACCCGUCUCUCACGCGACCAGCAGAACCAGCUCUCUGACCUCUCAGACACCCUGCGUACCCGCUACGAUGAUCUCCAGCUGAAGUCUAGACGUGACUUGACGGACGCGGAGGAGAAGCUGAGGAGACUGAGGGCUGAACAGGAAGAGAGUGCUAUGAUCCGAUCGAUGGUAGAGAGUCUCUCAGCUGAUCUGACUACAGGGUCGGACCUGAUCGACAAUGCUGAGAAGCAACUUGGAUCAGAACAACCUCUCAAUGAGGAGAUCAGGCCUCUACAGCAGCAAGAGACACAGCAUCAAGCUUUAAACUCUGACAUCACUGCUCACCAAGUACCCAUCCUGAGGUCCAUUCAGGACACCCAGACCUUCCUGGGCAAGUACGGUGACAAGCUACGUCCCAAUGACAGGUCCAUGCUGCAGGAGGGUGCAGACACACUCAAGAGCCGCUAUGAUACAGUCUCCAAGGAAUCAAACCAGAGGAACAACAAGAUUGGUUACUCCUCCAACGACCUCAACAAGUAUGAGAACGAGGGCGGCACCUUCAAGCAAUGGCUUGAGGAUGCAGAGAGGCAGCUGGCCAAUGCCAAGCGCAACGUUCCGGAGGACUACGAAGCUCUCAAGCACAAGCUGGACGAGCAGAAGGAGUUCACUGAGGAUGUCAAUGACCGCAAGGGUGACCUCAAGUUCAUCAACAUGACUGGACAGAAGUUCUUGGACAAUGCUAAGAACUACAAGACAGACCUGUCUCAGUUCAGGUCUGCUGUUCUACCUCGCGAGUUCAACCGCCAAUAUCGUGAGAACCCAGACUCCAACGUCAUCCACUCCAACCUGACCGACCUCAAUGACCGCUACUCCCGUCUCAAGACGGACUCCACUGACUUCCUAGCCAGGAUGACCGAGGUGGCUGACCGCCAGAAGCGUUACAACAAGGCGGUUAACUACAUCGAUGGCUGGUUGACCAGCUCGAAGACCAACCUUGACCAGAUGGUGAGGGAACCGAUUGCUGCGGAGCCGGCUGACAUUCAGAAGCAGAUUGAUCGCCUCAAGAACUUCUCUAAUGAUGUUAUCAUGCACUCUGAUGAAGUUCAGCUGGUGGACACCACUGGCCAAGCCCUUGGUGAGGUCGUACCAGAGAUGAAACCCAACAUCAAGAGAAAAACCACCGAUGUUCACAACAGUUACGAUGGUCUGCGUGGCAGCAUCGAUGACCGCCUCAACACCCUACAGAAUGCCCUCUCUCAGUCGCAGAGUGUCCAGGACAGCAUGGCUGAUCUACUACGCUGGUUGGACAAGGCAGAGAGGGACUACCAUGUCCUUGACAAGGGUACUGCUGUCAAGGUCAAGAAGGAGCCACUCCAGGAACACUACCAACAGUACAAGAUCCUGCAAACGGACAUUGACAACCAUCGCCCCAUUGUGGAGUCCAUCAAUCGGCAAUCAGGGGAUCUGAUCAGGAACAGCGAGCCUCAGGUCGCCCAACUGAUUAAGUCAAAGCUUGAUGAGAUCAAUCAACGCUACACCCAUGUGGAUUCAGAUACACAGGGCACAGGGCAAUACCUGACUGAUCUGACGGACAAGUUGAACGAGUUUGUGAAACAGGUGGAUUCUCUUGAAGACUGGGAACUACCCGUCGUCAGUACUAUCGAGAGCAGUAACUUCAUGCAGGGCAACCUGAAUGAUGUCGCCAGCAAGCUCAUGGACUCUCAGCGCCAGAUGGAGGGCCACACCCAGCAGCUGAACCUGGUCCGUCGUCUUGGCUCAGAGCUCUUGAAGCACCCCAAGGCCAGCGACACAUCCUUCGUUUCCACCGUUCUGGACAACACCAACAGGAACUGGGAGUGCUUGGAGGAUGGCAUCGAAAAGAGAACCCAGCAGCUGGAAGAGAGACAGGCGGCCACCAAGAAGUACGGCACGGCCAGCACGGACACCAACUACUGGCUAGACACUACAGAGAGGAAAGUCAAACAGCUUCAGCCGGUCUCCAUGGACAAACAGACCAUCCAGAUACAACUCAGAGAAGUACAGCCUCUGCGUGAGGAUGUGGUCAAUUACAAACCCACCAUGACUGACCUCAACAAGGUCGGCAACAACCUUGACCGCAUCAUCAAGGUCACCAACUCCUCCACGGCAACGGAGCCUCAUCUCAGGUCCACCACGCUAGGUCAGGAACGCAAGCCUGGUGAGAGGCUUAGACCCAAGAUGGCUGCCUUGGACCAGAGUGGAUUCUUUGAUGAGGAAUCGCCCAUCAAGGACGAGCUCAACGUUUCCAACGACCGUUACGACGAGCUCCAGGCCAAGCUCAAGGCCAGAGCAGAGCUUCUGGAACUCAUCAGUGAAUACAUGGACCUGAUGGGACGUCUUGGUGAGACCCACGACUGGAUCCAAGAACUGGACCAGAAGAUCAACAUGAGCAAGAGUGGAUCUGGAGACCUGGAGUCCCUCCAACGCCACCAAGAUGAUUUCUCGAACCUGAAGAAUGAUUUUGAGCAGCGGCGUGUGCCUAUCCAGGAGGUGAUCAGUGACGCUGAAGCCUUCCUGAGGGUCAACCGCAACCAACUCAACCGUCAGCAGACCCAGGACAUGCAGGACAAGAUCAACGCCCUCAGACGAUACCUUGACCAGGUCAUGGUCAUCACAGAGCAGAUCGUCAAGGAGACGGAGACACAGAUCAUGGCUGUGAACCAGCAGAUGCAGGAACAGUCUCAACUAAGCCUUCAAUUCUUGGAGGUAUCCACAGCACUUCAAGAGAUGCUGGAUUGGGUCAAGUAUUCUGAAGAGCAGCACUCUUCACAGCAACCUCUCUUUGAGACCGGAGAUGAAGUCAAUUCACAACACCAGACUCAUACAGGCCUCAAUACCGAUGUCCAAGACCACUCUGAGCCUGUCCAGAAGGUUAUCCAGGAUGCCAACACUCUCCUGAAGGCCCAGAGCUCAAAGCUCACAGAAGACAACAGACGCGUCUUGCAGGAGAACUCUGAUGAGCUCCGUACCUGCUAUGACCGUCUCAACAAGCACUCCACUGACCGCUCCAACAAGCUGACCUUCGCGCUGGAGGACCUAGCAAAGAUCGAGGAGGACUUCGGUGAGUUUGGCGAUUGGUUGAGGAUGGCCGAGCAGGAGUUGGACGCAAUUGUCAGGAACAUCGCAACGGACGGAGACCACCUGGAACAACAGGUCGGGGAUCACAAGAAGUUCACAGAUAAUGUGGUGACGCACUCUGCUGAUCUGAAGUACACCGACAAGGCUGCUCAACAGUUCUUGAACUUCAGCAAGACCUAUCGAGAUUUCAUCAAGGAGUUCCGCAACAAAGUGUCCUCCCGAGAAUUCCUGCGCUCCUUCCAGGAGAACAAGGAGAGUGAGGUCAUCUUCAAGAUCCUCUCUGACUUACAUGCCCGCUACGAACGACUCAGGACAGCCUGCUUUGACCACGGUGACCUCUUGGGUCAACUGGUAGUCAAGCACACCAAGUACUGGGGUCGGGUCGGAACAACACAGGAUUGGCUCCAGGGGGCCAACGACUCCUUGAAGGGUAUCCUCAAGGAGCCCAUCGGCGCAGAGACAGCAACCAUUAGGAGACAGAUUGAACAGUUGGCCAAUUUCAGGAAGGAGGUCGGAGGUCAUCAGAAGGACGUGGACGGAGUCACAGAAUCUGGUGUGGACCUCAGUCAGGCUCAGCCUAACAUCAGGCCUACUGUUGAUAGGACCACAGGUGAGAUUGUGGAUGACUACGAGGGUCUUCAGGGGCAGAUCAACGACCGUUCAGCAGCCCUGGAAGAUGCCCUUGCCAAGUCGCAGAAUAUCCAUGACAACAUCGAUGAACUGAUGUCCUGGCUGGACAACAAGGAGAAGGACGUCCAUAUGAUGAACAAAGGAACGGUGGUGGUCGUCAAGUCUGCUCCCAUGGAGGAGCAAAUGUCACAGGGAAAGAUGAUGGUAGAUGAGAUCGAUGUUAAGAAACCUGUCCUGGAACAGAUGGUGAUGUCAGCGAACAACUUUGUUGAGAAUUGUGCUCCAGAAGAAGGCUUGAUCAUCAAGCAGAAACUGGAUAAUCUCCAUGCAAGAUACAAUCAGGUGUCAGGGACAUCAAAGGACCACGGCCAGCAGCUCUCCAGCCUGAAGGACAGACUGAGAGACUUUGAGAAAGCUCUGGAUGAGCUGGAAGAUUGGGCUCUGCCUAAGAUCGCUCGGGUCGAGUCCAAAGAAUUCAUGACACAGGAGCUGCCUAAGAUCGGUGAUGAGAUCCAGCAAUGCCGCCGAGAGACUGAUCAGCACCGCCCUCAAUACAAGGUAAUCCAUGACAUUGCUGAUGAACUCAUGAAGCAUCCAAAGGCAACGGAUGUCUCUGAGGUCAAGACUAUGCUCAAGAACUGUGAACUCAACUGGGACACACUCGAGAAUGCUGUCACAAAACGAGCUGAGCAGUUUGACAGGAAGCAAGCCGCAGCUAAGAAGUUCAAUGCAUCGUUCAGAGAGUCAACAGGAUGGAUUGAGAAUCAAUUGAGGAAGAUCGAUCAGAUGGGCCCAGUCGCUCGGGACGUCGAACAACUCAAGAAACAGAUCAGAGAGAUCAAGCCAUUCCAAGGAGAGGUCAAAGACUACAAGCCAAACAUCGAUGAGAACUGGCGAUUCGGUACCGUCUAUGAUCGCCUGAUCAGUGAGACGGAAGAUACUAUCAAUACUCGUACUCACGCCCGCUCAACUGAGAUUGACGUCACCAAGCCGAUUGAUGCUAGACCCCCGACCUACGCCACGCCGGAUUACAUUGAAGACAAGGACACCUUUGUAGAUGACCAGAUGGCAGAGGUCCAGGAAGGCUACAAGGCAGUCCAAUACGAGAUCUCAGAGCGCCUUGAGGACCUGGAACUCAUGCUGCAGUUCCUGGAACGAUGUGGUGGGAUCUUUGGUCUGCAGGACUGGGCUAAUGAGACAGAGACCAAGCUUCACCAGCUGAAGCCAACCAGCAGGAAUGUGGAGGAGCUGGAGAGACAGAUAGAGGCCUUUAAGCCCAUCUGCAAGGACAUCGCCGACCACAGGGUCCCAGUCUCAGACGUGACCGUCUAUGCUGAACAGUUUAUUCGUAACACCCAGGACAAGCUCAGUCCGGAGCUCCAGACGGAGCUUACCGGCCUGGUAACAGAACUGAGGGAGACGUACGAGAGGCUCCUGCGUGACAGCCAGGGAUGGCAGAGGGAAUCUGAAGAUACCUUAGCUGCUUUGAAGAAGGACAGAGAUGAAACGAUGUCCGUGGAGGAAAGAGUGAAGGAGCUAAUGCGAUCCCUCCAGGACCUGUUGGACUGGGUAACACAAGCCGAGAGACACCUUGGCUCUGAACAGCCUCAAGAAGAGGCGAUCCAACCUCUCAGCAGGCAGCAGCAAGAUCACCAGGUGUUGCAUGAGAACAUUCAGCAGCAUCAGCAACCAAUCCUAGAGGCUGCCCAGGACGUUGAAUCCCUCAUCAAGCAGUUCCCCAAGCGCAUUGACGAGCCCACGCAGAACAACCUCCGUAGCUUUGCCAACGACCUCAAGUCCCGCUACAACGUCGUCAACUACCAGUCCACUAAUCGCACGACCAAGCUCACCUCCCAGGUCGAAGAACUCCAAGGGUCCACCGACGAUGAGGGCGACUUUGGCCAAUGGCUGACCCAGGCUGAGAAGACCCAAGCAAAUGUCCUGAAGAACGUUGGACGUGACCUGACCACUCUGAAGCAGCAGAACUCACAGCAGAAAUCCUUCAACGAGGAUGUGGUCAACCAUGUCGCUGAGCUGCGUUUCAUCAAUAUCACUGGACAGAAGUUCUUGGAUGCUGCUAAGGUCUACCGCUCGGAACUAGCAGACUUCCGCAAUGAAGUCCUGCCUCGGGAAUUUGUCCGCAACUUCUCUGAGAACCCAAACACCAACCUCAUCCGUGACAAGAUCGCUGACUUCAACCAGCGCUUUGACAAGCUGAAGCUGACCUCUGCCCAGCACCUGGAGCUUCUCCAGGACCUUGUGGAGAGGCACACAGUCUACGUCAAGGCCAGUGAUCGGGUAACGGACUGGUUACCUGGUGCUGAGGAUACCCUAGGAACACUCCUCAGGGAACCUAUCGCAACAGAGCCAGCAAAUGUCCAGAAGCAGAUCAACAAGCUGGAGACUCUUCGUGAUGACGUUGUCCUGCACUUGAAGGAUGUAGAGAACGUAAAGGAAGCUGGCAAUGAACUCCUAGAAGUCCAAGAGGAAUUACGACCAGACGUCACCCGGAAUGUCAAUGACAUCACCAAGCGCUACGACGACCUGAACGGAAAGAUUGCGGCACGUCUGAAAGAACUCCAGGCUGCUUUGGCCAAGUGCACAAGCGUCCAGGAGAGUAUGGACAUGCUUCUGAAGUGGCUGGAUGAGUCUGAACGCAAUGUUCACCAGAUGGAGAAGGGGACUUUGAUUGCAGUGAAGCGAGAGCCACUUCUUGAGAAUCUCCAGGAGCAGAAGGUCAUCAUGUCUGACAUUGAGAACCACAUUCCAGCGGUUGAUUCCGUCAACACCCAGGCUCUUCCACUCAUCAAAUCCAGCGAGCCAAAGGAAGCACGCCAGCUACAGACCAAGCUGGACUCCAUCAACGAACGCUACGGCAAGGUGGACACCAGGACCAAGGACCAUGGCGUCCAUCUUGAGAACCUGAGCCGCAGACUGUCCGAUUUCGAGGAGGAGGUGGAGAAUCUAGAGGAUUGGCUGCUGCCUACUGUUGAGGAAGUAGAGUCCAAGCAAAUCGCACAGCUGCCUCUGCCAGAGUUUGGCAGUAAAUUGCAGAAUGUCCGUCAGCAGACAGAUGCUCACAGGCCACCCCUGAAAAAGGUUCACCAGCUUGGUGAUGAGUUGAUCAAGGAUACCAAGGCCAAGGAUACCUCCUAUGUGACGUCUGUCCUCGGCAAUGUGGACGCUAACUGGAAGGCAGGAGAGAAGGCCUAUAACACCAGGAACAAACAACACGAUGACCUCUCGAACACAACCAAGAAGUACCAGACUGACCGCAAGGAUGUCCUGUACUGGCUGGACAACACAGAGCGUCGUCUUGACCAGGUCAAUCCCCAGGCCAUGGACACCAACACUGUCCAGAUCCUCCUCAAGGAGCUAAGGCCAUUGCAGAAGGAGAUCACAGACUACAAACCCAAGAUUGACAACAACUCCAAGAACGGUCAGACACUGGACACGGUCAUCCGCGAUACCGUCCAGCCCCUUCAGAGUGUCCCUCAUUACAAAUCUACUGAGCUUGGGAACAUUGGACAGCAGGACCAGGCGGGCAAGUUCCAGGAACCAGUGGAGUUCAUGGGUGAGACCCCGGUCCAGGGUGAGGUCUACGAUGUCAACAAUCGCUAUGACAACCUCAAGCACCGCAUCAAUGCCACGCUGGAGGACAUCGCCCUCUCUGAGGAAUGGGUCAAUAACCUCAACAAGGUCAAUGCUGACCGUGAGUGGGUCACUGCCUCGGACACUAAGAUGGACAGGGCAAGACCGAUGGCCAACGACAUCCCAACACUGACCAAAGAGAUUGAGGUCUACAGGGGCAUCCACAGCGACGUCCGCGCCAGGCAGCCCAACAUCUCCGACACGGUCAACGGAUCCGAGCUCUUCCUGCGCAAGAACAAGGACAGGCUAGCACCCAAGCAGAACGAUGACCUGACCAAGAAGUCAGGUGACCUGCGUGUAGAGUACGAUGACAUCUACAACAGGUCAGAUGACUGGCUCAGGGAGGCCGUUGAUAGGCUUAACAACAUGGAGAUGGAUGAAGUGCAGAGGGUGCGCCUUGAGACUGAGCUUCGAGAGAAGGGCACCAAGCUCCAGGAUCUCCUAGACUGGCUAGCCAAGGCUGAGCAGGCUUUAGCAGCAGAACAACCACUCAACGAGAAGAGUCCCCAGGUCAAGCAACAGUACACAACUCACAAGCCCCUGCACGAUGACAUCCAAGCCCACCAGCAACCCAUCCUGCAAUGCGUGGAGGACAUCGAACAGCUACUGAAGACCCUCGGUGACAGGGUCGGCAAGACUGAGACCAAACGACUCAGGGAUGGCCAGGAUGAACUCAGAGGACGCUAUGAGGCUGUUAAUACGCAGUCCUCAGACAGGCUGAAGACAUUGACCCAGGGUAUUGAAGACCUGCAGAAGUUUGAGGUUGACUUCACUGAAUUCACCGACUGGCUUCAAGGAGCAGAGCGGAAGAUGGAUAACUCCGAGCGGAACGUUGCCAUCGAGCUGGUCCCUCUCAAGCAGCAGCAGACAGAACAUGCAGAGUUCGGCGAGGACGUCAACGAUCAGAAGGGAGAUCUCAAGUUCUUGAACAAAGCAGGACAGACAUUCAUUGACAUGGCCAAGGUCUAUCGUCAGAGGCUUGCUGAGUUCCGCAACAUCCUCCCUCGCCAGCAGAGCCGUGCCUUCCAGGAGGCCACCGAAGCUAACCUCAUCCGUGGACAGCUCACCGAGAUCAACGCCCGCUUCGACAAGCUCAAGCUACGCUACGGCAAGCACCUGCGCCUCCUUAACGAGCUGGUUGCUAAGCACCAGCUGUACACAGACAGCGUGGGCGGAGUCUCAACAUGGCUUGGUGGCGCUGAAGCAACGUUGGGUAAGAUGAAGAGUGAGCCCAUCGGUGCUACCAAGGAGACCAUCCUCAGACAGAUCGGAAAGGCAGAGACUUUCCACCAAGACGUUGUUGCCCAUGCCAGCGAUGUUGAGAACGUGAAGGCAAACGGUGAAGAGCUGAUAGGAACACAACCUGCUGUCAAACCAAAUGUGCAGAGGACAACAGGAGAGGUCGUACAGCGAUACAACGCCCUAGAAAUGGGGGUCAAUGACUUCCUGGAGAAGCUGAGGAUUGCCCUGGCCAACACCCAGGGAGUCAUGGAGAACCUGGACAUGCUGGAGAAGUGGCUGGAUGAGGCGGAGAAGGAGCAACACAAGCUGGAGAAGGGCACAGUGACUCCAGCUCGCAGGGAGCCCAUCCUGGACCAGAUUGAGAAUAACAAGGUCCUCGAGGAUGAUAUCGUCAGUCACCGCACACCCAUCGACUCUGUCAGCGUGGCUGCCAAGCAGCUCAUGACGACUGUCCCUCCCAGCGAGGCCAAACUCGUCCAGGAGAAGCUCAACCGCGUCAACGAUCGCUAUGGCAACGUGUCUUCGGCUGCUAGGGACCACGGAGAGGGGCUACUGGCCCUGAGCAAGAAGUUGUCUGACUUUGAGAAGGAAGUAGAUGACUUUGAGGAUUGGCUGCUGCCUGACCUUGAGACGCUGGAAUCUGAAGCCUUGAUGAAGCAGGAGCCUGCAAACACUGCUAAUACACUCAAGGACAUAAGCCGUCGCGAUGACGCCCACAAGCCUCAGUACAGUCGCAUCCACAAGCUUGCCGAAGCACUCCUCUCUGACUCCAAGGCCAAUGAUACAUCGUACGUCACAUCGGUGGUCAACAGUGUAGACAAGAACUACAUGGACUUUGAAGAGGCACUCAAGAAGAGGAACAAGGACCUAGAUCGCAAGCGUGAUGCUGAGAAGAAGUACGGAGACCGUCACCGUGACACCACCCAGUGGCUGACUGGUAUGGAGCGUAAGGUCAACCAGCUACCGGUCAGUGGCAAGGACUUGGCUGCUGUCCAGAAACAACUACAAGAGGCCAAGCCAAUCCAGCAAGAGGUCAUCGGCUACAAACCCAGCGUCGACACCUGCAACAAGCUUGGCAACACCUAUGACACGGUCAUCCGUGAGACUGACCAGCCCAUCGUGGCCCAACCUCACAUCAGGUCACUCGAGGCCACCAUGCCUAAAGCUGGACAGGUCAAGCAGCCGGUCACCGAUCUGGACAAGAGUGCCCUCUAUCAAGAAGAUGAAACACCAACAGAGCGCCAGCUUACUGACGUCAACCGUCGCUACGAUGAUCUCCUGAAGAACAUGCAGUUCCGUAUUGAGGACCUCAAUCUGUCCCGGCAGUACAUCGAGCGUGAUGGGAAGGUCGGAGAGCAGCUGGAUUGGGUGACUGCUACAGAGACCAAGCUUGCUAGAUCAGAGCCUCGUAUCCCAGCCACAGAGAUUGAACCUCUCGAGAAGGAGAUUGAGAACCUAGAGAAAAUUGUCACUGAAAUCAGCUCCCACAAGAUCCCGGUUGAUGAUGUGAGCCUCCGCAGUGAGCAAUUUGUCGCUGACAACAAGGAAAUCCUUCCGUACGACAAACAGGACAGUCUCAACCGAAGGACAAUCGCCCUGAAGGAGGGCUUCGGCCGACUUCACGUCGACUCAGGGGAUUGGCUGAAGGAUGCUAAUGAUGAGCUCAACAGGCUGAGGCAUGAGAGAGACGCAGGGUUAUCUCUUGCCGAGCGUCUGCAGCAAGCCCUUGCAGGUUUAGGUGAUCUCUUAGACUGGGUGAAAGAGGCUGAGCAUAGACUAGGCUCUGAACAACCCAUGACAGAAGUACCUAAGAACCUUGGUGCACAAGCUAAGGAUCACAAGGUGCUGCAUGAGGAUAUCGUUGCCCAUCAGCAGCCAGUAGUAGAGGUCGUCCAGACAGCCCAACAGCUCAUCGACCAGUUCGCUGACCGCCUCAAACCAACAGACCGUACCAAACUAGAGGACCUCAGUUCAGAGCUCAAGAAGCGCUAUGACGUGGUCUACGUCCAGUCGCAGACCCGUGAGAACCGCCUCAAUGGAGCCAUCCCAGAACUGGAUAAGAUCCUGGAAGAUAACCAGGAGAUCACCCAGUGGCUAGGAGAUGCUGACAGACAGCUGCAGGUGGCAGAGAAGGACAUCGGCAGGGACCUCAAGACUCUCAAGGAUCAGUUUGAGAACCAGAGUACCUUCAAUGAGGAGAUCUUGACUGAAGGGGCUGAUGUGCGCUUCUUGAACAUGAACGCCAAGAGGAACAUGGAUGCUGAGAAGGUCUAUCGUCAAGAGCUUGCCAACUUCCGACAGACUGUCCUACCCCGUAAGUUCAACGACUCCUUCCGUGAGGAGCCUGAACCCACCAUCCUGCGUGACAUCCUGAACAAGGCCAAUGGACAGUACAGUGACCUGAAGACCACAUCCUCGCACCUGACGCAACGUCUUAGGGUUCUUGUGGACCAUCACCAACUCUUCAACAAUGCUGUCACAGGCAUCCUGCCAUGGUUGGGCAAUGCAGAGACCACUCUGUCCAAGCUGCUCAAGGAGCCUAUCAGCGCAGACCCAACAGCCAUUGAGAAGCAGAUUGAGAAACUACAGAAUCUGAGGAAUGAUGUUGUCCAGCAUCUGAGUGAUGUUGAGAAGGUCAAUGACACUGCCAAUGACCUUGUGGUCAUUCAACCUGCUGUGGAGAGGGAUGUGUCAAGACAAGCAGAUGAUAUCGAUCAGCGCUACCAGGCCCUAGAAGGCCAGAUUGAUGACCGCCUUGCAGCUCUCCGUCGAGCCUUGAGCCAGUCCCAGGGUGUCCAGGAGAAUCUGGACAUGCUCCUGCGCUGGUUGGACAAGGCAGAGAGGGACUGCUACAACAUGGAGAAGGGAACCCUGAUCAGUCUCCAGAAGGAGCCACUCCUGGAGAACAUGGAGUCACAACAGAUCCUCCAGAAGGAUAUCGUCAGCCACCGGCCCGACAUUGACGCCGUCAACCAGGCUGCCACCCAGCUCAUCAAGACCAGUGAGCCUCAGGAGGCCAAGCUCAUCAACGACAAGCUAGCUGAGGUCAAUGACCGCUAUAAGAAGGUCGGUGACACGACCUCUCGGCAGGGCGAUGUCCUCCAGGGACUCGUCGACAGGGUGGGUGACUUUGAGAGCCGGGUGGACAAGGUCGAGGACUGGGAGCUUCCGGUGAUCCAGACCCUCAACGCCAAGGAGAUGGGACAGAUGGACACUCCAAAGCUCAUCAAUAAACUCAAGGAUGUACGCCAGCAGGUGGAUGGACAACGUCCCGCCCUGAAGCAGGUGCAGCAGAUGGGAGAACAAUUGAUCAAGGAACCCAGAGCUAAUGAUACCUCACAUGUGAAGGGUAUCAUUGCUAAUGUCAACCUCAACUGGGCCACGCUGGAGGACAGCCUGGGACAAAGGAUGAAGCAGGUGGAUGACCUCCAAGCAGCCAACGACAAGUAUGGCACCCAGCACAAGGACACCACCUUCUGGUUGGGUAACAUGGAGAGACGGGUAGACCAAGCCAGACCUCAUGUCAAGGACAAGGCUGCCAUCCAGGCCAGACUUAAAGAACUCAAGCCUUUCUUGGAAGAGGUGGAUGCCUAUGAACCCAACAUCACAAACAUCAACAGGACUGGUGAUGCCCUGGAUGCACUCAAGAGGGAUGUAGCCCAAGCAGUACCAUGCAAACCCCUGCAGAGAUCAACACAGCCUGGACUGGAAGCUGUACCAGCAUCGAGAGUGGAGUCUGAGCCUCACAUUGAUGAUGAUACACCAGUACAGCGUGAACUUGAUGAAGUCAACCAUAGAUACACAGACCUCCGCAAGCACCUUGUUGAUUGUCUGGAUGAUCUCCAUGUAGCAGAGAGAUGCAACGAGGAGACAGACAAUGCCCAGGACACACUGGACUGGGUCCAGGCCAUGAAUACCAAGCUUGAUCAGACCAAGCCGAAGAGCAGGGAGAUAGAGCCUCUCAGGGAGGAAAUCAAGGCCUUCAAGACUCUUCAAGCCGAGGUACAGGCCAAACAACCCCAAGUCAGUGACACUGUCAGCUCUGCAGAGCAUUUCAAGAGAGAGUACCGUGACAAGCUCUCAGAUGACCAGCAAACACCACUGGAAGAGAAGGUUGACAAACUCAAGAUUCGCUACGAUCGUGUCUACAAUGAUUCCAACGAUUGGCUCCGUGACUCGACCCAGACGCUGGAUGACCUUGUCAGAGAGGAGGAAGAAAAGAAACGAGUGGACACUCUCCUGAGAGAGAAACUGACAGCACUGGUAGGACUCCUGGACUGGGUGAGCCAAGCAGAGAAUGCACUAGGAUCUGAGCAGCCACAGAGCGACCAGUCUCAACCCCUGGAGGAACAAGUGGGAAGCCACAAGGUCCUUCAUGAUGAUGUGCUAGUACACCAGCAGCCGAUAGCACGCUGCACACAGGACAUAGUUCAGUUCCUGCAGCAGUAUGGAGAACGCAUCAGCCCAGAGAACCUCACCAAGCUACAGGACGGUGGCCAGAAUCUCCAAUCUCGCUUCGACGUUGUCCUGAACGAGUCGUACGUCCGCACCAACCAGCUCAACCCGGCCCUGGAAGAGGUCAAGAAGUUUGAGCAGGAGACGGAGGAGCUUCAGACCUUCCUCGGGAAGACAGAGAAUAAGAUUGAUGUUCUGAGUGAGAAUGUUGGAUUGGAUUAUGCGACGCUGAAGAGCCAGCUUGAUGAGCAUCGUAUGAUCACAGAGGAUAUCAACGAUCAGAAGGGAGAUCGCAAAUUCAUCAACAAGACAGGUGCAGCCUUCCAGGAACAAGCAACGGCAUACCGGGACACUCUGACUGACUUCCGAAACACCGUACUCCCACGCACCUUCACACGCAACUUCCAAGAGAACCCUCGACCAGAGGUGAUGCGGAACUGCAUCUCGACCAUCAACGACAGGAUGGACACCCUGAAGACCACGUCCAGUGAGCUGGGCGAGCGUCUUCGGGACCUGGUCAACAAGCAUGAGCAGUAUAACUCUGCCGUUGAUGGGUUCAACGGAUGGUGCGGCGAUGCAGAGAAGAAGCUUGGUGUGUUGGAGAAGGAACCGGUCGGAACCGAACCGGUCUCCAUCAUGAAACAGAUUGACAGGGUCAAGGACUUCAACGAUGAUGUGAUUGCCCAUGGCCGUGAUCUUGAGAGAGUGAAGUCAACAGGAAAUGAGCUUGUCGAUGCUCAACCAGAACUCAAACCAGAUGUUGAUGACACCAAAGAUGAAAGCAACGAGCGUUACCAGGCUCUCCUGGCCCACAUUGCUGAUCUCCUGACCAAGCUCAACACUGCUCUUGCCACUGCCCAAGGCCUCCAGGGAUCACUGGACGCUCUGCUGCGAUGGCUUGACCAGGCAGAGAGGGACGUGACCAAGAUGGACAGAGGUACCAUCAUCAUUGCCAAGAAGGAGCCUCUGCUCAAGAACAUCGAGGAACAGAUGGUGAUCAACACCGACAUCGUAGCCCACCUGCCAGCCGUUGAGUCUGUGGUCAAGGCAGCUGACGAGGUCCUCCUCAACAGCGAACCUGAGGAAGCACGCAAUAUCCAAUCCAAGGUUGAAAGCAUCCAGAAGCGUUAUGAUAUCAUUGACGACGUCACAGAGAAGCAUGGGGAAGAUCUCCUCCUCCUCGGCCGUAAGCUGGCUGACUUUGAGAAGGAGGUCGACCACCUGGAAGACUUUGUGAUCCCAGGAUUAGAGACCCUAGAGGCGAGGGACCUGAUGAGAAUGGACAUGAACCAGCUCGGCAAGAAGCUCAAUGAUAUCAACACCCAGAUUGAGGCUCACAGACCGCAGUACAAGCUGGUCCAUGAGUUGGGAGAAGAGAUCGUCAACCAGACCAAGGCCAAGGAUACAAGCUAUGUCAACGCUGUCCUGGCUAAUGUGGAUAAGAACUGGAAGGAUCUCCAGGAUCUCAAGGAUCUCAGGAAGAAGCAACUGACCCAGAAGCAGCAAGCCACAAACAAGUACAACACUGGCUACCGUGAUACCAACACCUGGGUCACUACCAAGGAGAGGACACUCAGUCAGCUCCAACCUAUUGCCAUGGACUCCAGGACGCUCUCCAGGCAAGAGAAGGAGAUCAAGCCUUUCAACCUGGAGGUCGCCGCUUACAAGCCCACCAUGGAGGAGAUCAACAAAGUGGGUAACAACCUGGACACGCUGCUUCGGGAACUGGAAGCACCAGUGAAGACCACACCUCACUACAAAUCCCUGCAGCUCAGCACAGGUCUUUCAGGAGACCAGAUAGUGCAGCAGCAGAUCAAAGAGACACUGGAGCGUGGCACACACCAAGAACCAACAGAAGACAGUGACAUCAAACGCCAGCUGGGCGACGUCAACCGCCGCUACGAGGGUCUUAAGAUCCGCAUCAAGGACCGCGAGGAUGACAUCGGCCUGGCUCAUCUCUUCCUGGACCGUCUAGGUGAUGUCAAUGAUCGUCUAGAUUGGUGCGCCAAUGCAGACAGUAAGCUGAUGAAGCUCAAGCCAACCAGUAGGGACCUGGAACAACUCAAGAGGGAGUUUGACAAGUUCAAGGACUUCAAUGGCAGCGUCAACACCAACAAGCCAGCCAUCCUUGAGACGAUCGUGACCGGUGAACAGUUUGCCCGUGAGAACCAGGCUCGUCUUCUCCCUGAGCAGGAAGAGGAGCUCCAGCGUAAGACCGAUGAACUCAGGACGUACUUUGAUACGGUGGAGAACAAGGCUGCAAAGAUUGAUGGAGACACCAAGGCUAACAUUGACAAGCUAGAGUGGGAGAUGACAGAAGAGAUGCGUGUAAGGCAGCUGUACAACGAUGCUCUGAGCUCCAAUGUGAAGCUACUUGACUGGGUAUCUGACAUUGAGAGACGUCUAGGAUCUGAACAACCCAUCAAGGAGGAGACAAAACCACUCAAACAGCAAGCUUCAGAACAUAAGGUUCUUCACGAGGAGAUCCUCAACCGACAGCAGCCUGUCAUGGAAACUGUCCACACUGCCACUCAGCUUGUAGAUCAGUACAGUAGCCGUCUCAAGGAUGCUGAUGCCUUCAAGCUCAAGAACACUGCCAAUGACCUCAAGACACGCUUUGACAACGCUGUCGUCCAGUCCUACACCCGCAACACCAAGCUCGGAUCCUCUGCAGAGGACAUCGGACUCUACGAUGGAGACAUCAACGAGUUUGAUGACUGGAUUACCAACGCGGAAAGGACCGUUGAGUCCAAGAGACAGGCAGUACCUAAGACGUUGCCAGAGUUGGAGAAGAGCCUGUCGGACAUGAAGGCCUUUGAGAAGGAGGUUGUGAGUCAAGGAGCUGAUCUGAAGUACAUCACCAAGACAGGACACAAGUUCCUGGACAACGGCAAGGUGUACAAAGAGGAGCUAGCUGAUUACCGCAAGUCAGCCCUCCCCAGAGACUUCAAUGCAAACUUUGAAGAGGAGCCGGAGACCAACAUCAUCCGUGACCACCUGGGCCACAGCAACGACCGCUACAAUGCUCUCAAGUUGAAGACCAACGAUCUCACAUCGGAGCUUCAAGAUCUCGUUGACUGCCAUCGCUCCUACAACAACAACCUGACAUCCACUGAUGGGUGGUUGAAGGAUGCAAGGGAGAGUCUGGAUUCUCUGCUUCAAGAACCCAUUGCUUCUGAACCAAUCAACAUUCAGAAACAGAUUGAUACUCUCAAGACUCUCCAUGACGAUGUUGUUCUUCAUGGUCGUGAUGUGGACGGUGUCAAAUCAACAGGAGAAGAUCUUGUUGACCUUCAACCUGCCACCAAACAAGAGGUCAACCAGUCCACAGACGAUGUUGUGAGACGGUACCAUGAGCUUGAGGGAGAGCUGGCAGACAGGAUGCGUGAGCUGCGUAAGGCUCUGGCUGACUCUCAGUCUGUCCAGGACAGUCUGGAUGCCCUCCUACGAUGGCUGGAAGACAAAGAUAAGACGCUGAUGAGGAUGAUGAAAGGAACGGUGAUCGUCGUCAAGAAGGAACCGCUGGUGGAGAACCUUCAGGAGUACAGGCUGCUGGAGAAGGAGAUUGAAAACCACCGCCCCACGAUCGAAUCCGUCUUCCGCGCCACCAACUCUGCCCUGCGCAACUUUGCCCCGGAGGAGCGUGCCAUCUACCAGGACAAGAUGAACGACUUUGACACCCGCUUUGGCCAGCUGACCGGCUCCCUCAAGGAGCAUGGAGAGAACCUGCAGGGUCUCUCAGGUAACCUGGUCCAGCUGGAGACCAAGCUGGAUGAUCUGGAGGAGUGGCUCAUGCCUCUCCUAGAGACCCUGGAGUCCAGUGACUUCAAUGACAGGGAGAUCCCUGAAGUAGAGACCGCUAUCAAGGAGAUCAUCCAGGAUGUUGAUGCUCAUCGUCCUGAGUGCCAGGCUGUCCAUUCUCUUGGUGAAGAGCUCAUCAACCAUCCCAAGGCAGGGGACACAUCCUUUGUCUCGGCUGUACUCACAAACCUCGACCAAAACUGGACAAGUCUGGAGGAUGUUGUCGCUAAACGUGUGCAGCAGCUGGAAGAUCGCCAAGUCGCGACCCGGCGCUACGACGGCCGUGCUAACGAUGUCAACUACUGGCUGGAGAACAUGGAAGAUAAGCUUGGCAAGCUUGACCUGGAAGUACAAGACAUCCAGGCAGUUGACCUCCAAAUUCAACAUCUCAAGCCUCUGCAGCGAGAGAUCACUGACUACCGCCCCAAGAUCGUGGAGGUCAACAAGGUCGGCUCUGCCCUUGACAACCUGAUCCGUGACAUCAUGCAUCCAAUGGACAGCAGACGUCACUACUGGUCAUCUCAAAUCGGUGCUCAACUCCAGACGGAGUGGACUCCUCUGAAACCAAAGACCAAGAGGGAGGGAAGAAGAGACGAGCCUGACAAGUCUUUAGGAGAGGACACUGAAGUUGAGAAAGAACUGGAAGUGACCAACAAGCGCUACGACGACCUCAACCGUUGUCUGAACGAUGCCCUGGAGGACCUUCGCAUUGUCCGUCUCUGUGCGGACAAGGUGGACUCGCUCCAGAACCUACAGGAAUGGGUCAACCAGAUCGAUGCCAGACUGACCGACACCCAACCGACCAGCAGGGAACUCCAGCCAUUGGUCAGAGAACUGGACAUCUUCAAGCCCAUCCAUGGUGAAGUAGCUGACCACCGCCCAGUCAUCCUGGAGGUGGUGCACAGUGCAGAGCAGUUCCUGCGUGACCAUCGUGACAGGCUCCAUCCCAACCUACAGAACAAGCUCAAGGGUUUGACCUCUAACCUCAGGUCAUCCUACGAACAGGCCUCACUCAAGUCCAAUGACUGGCUCAAGGAGGCUACCCAGGUCCUGGACCUGCUCAAGAACGAGGAGUCUGACCAGGUUGCUGUAGACGAGCUGUUACAGGCCACCAUACAAUCCUUGGAUGAUGAGCUGGAAUGGAUUCCAAUCAUUGAGAAGAGGUUGGGUUCUGAACAACCCUUCGCUGAGGAAUCUAAGCCACUCGCACAACAAGAACUGGAACACAAGGCUAUCCAUGAUGAGAUCCAGAACCACAAGACUCCAGUCCUACAGGCCCUGCAGGAGACCCAGUCCCUGAUCCGUCAACACUCUCAGAGUCUUAGACCAGAAGACCAGACCAAGCUCAGUGAGAAACAGACAGAUCUCAGGAACAGAUAUGAUGCUAUCACUACAGAGUCACUCAACAGGACCAACAAGCUCCGCUUCUCCAACGAGGACCUUCCUCUCUUGGAGAACGAGGUUGGUGACUUUGAGGAGUGGCUGGAUGGUGCUGAGCGCACUCUGGAUAAUACCCUGAGACAGACCCAGACUGAGCCUGAAGCCAUCAGGAAGCAGUAUAACACCAUGCGUGGCUUCUCAGAGGACGUCAUUGCUCAUGCUGCAGAUAUCAAGUUUGUGGUCAAGGGUGGCCAGAAAUACUUAGAGUCAGCAAAGGUCUACGGUCAAGAUCUGGCUGUCUUCCGUGAUGCUGCCCUCCCACGCCAGUUCAACCGCACCUUCACCGAGAACCCUGAUAGUAACAUCAUCCGCGACAAGCUCGGCAAGAUCUCAACCCGCUACGACCGCCUCAAGGUGACAGCCACGGACACCACCAAUGCCCUGAGGGACGUGGUGGAGAAGCAACAGAAGUUCCAGGACGUAGCAGACAGUCUUGGGAUCUGGCUCCAGGAUGCUGAAGGGUCACUCAAGGUGCUCCAGAAGGAAGCCAUCGGAGCGGAUCCUGCAACGGUCCAGAAGCAGAUCGACAGGCUCAAGGUUCUUCGUGAUGAGACAGCUUUCCAUCUGAAGGACAUUGAGAGGACCAAGGAGGCAGGCAGAAACCUGGCUGACUCUAAACCUGAACUACAGCCAGAGAUCAACAAAGCCAUUGACACGCUGACACGUCGCUACAACGAUCUGGAUGGCCAGAUCAACCAGCGCAACCAGCAGCUACAGAACGCCCUCACACAGUCACAGGGUGUCCAGGAUAGUCUGGACACGAUGCUACGAUGGCUGGAUGAUAUCGAGAGGGGCGUACACAGGAUGGAGAAGGGAACCAUUCUGGUCGUCAAGCGGGAUCCACUGGUGGAGAACAUCCAGGAACAGAAGGUGCUUGAGGAUGACAUCACAGCUCACAAGCCAGCCGUUGAGAACGUCAACCGCUCGGCCAAGACCCUGAUACAGAACAGUGAACCUAAGGUUGCUAAGGUGCUACAAUCCAAACUCAACAAUGUCAACACUAGAUAUGAGAAGGUCUCUGUAGCAACCACCAACCAUGGUCAAACUCUUGAUGGCAUGCUUGGGAAGCUGAACGAGUUUGAGAAGGAGGUUGACCAUCUGGAAGAUGUCCUCAUGCCAGCUAUUGACCGCUUGGAGCACCGUGACUUCGGUCGUCAGGAGAUCCCAGAAGCUGAGAAACAGCUCAAGGACUACAAGGCACAGCUGAAUGACCAGCGUCCUUCUCACAAGCGAGUCCACCAGCUUGGAGAGGCCCUUGUACGUGACCCCAAGGCAGGAAACACUUCCUAUGUCACAGACGUCAUCACCAACCAUGAAAACAACUGGAGGACGAUGGAGGAGGUCCUUGCCAAGAGGUCCAAGCAGAUUGACCAGGAACAGAAGGCCGCUAAGAAGUACUAUCAGAGCAACAAGGACGUAAAUCACUGGCUUGAAAACAUGGAGCGCAAGGUGGGUCAGCUCCAAGCUGUAUCCACCGACCCAAUGACCCUGCAGACACAGGUUGAACAGCUCAAGCCAUUCAAGGCAGACGUCAUGGCCUACAAGCCCAAGAUCAUCGACGUCAACAAAUUUGGCCAGACCUUUGACCGUCUGGUCAAGGAGGGUGACUCAGCAGUCAGUCUAAGACCACGCUGCCGGUCACUUCAACUAGGCUCCAUGAAGAGAGAUGACGUGCUCCAACAGAGACGACCGGUUGAUACCUCUGACAUGAGCGACUACCAAGAAGAUGACAGCAAGACGGUCCGUGACCUCGCAGAGAUCAACCACCGCUAUGAGGCCCUGCGUGCCACUCUGUCGGACCGCGAGGAGGACCUGGACCUGAACUCUAAGCUCGCUGAGAAGACCAAUAGCGUUGGCGGUCUCAUGGACUGGGUGACCGCCACCGAUGCGAAGGUGGUCAAUUCAGCUCCUCGGGGAGGUGACAUGGGCCAGUUGACCGAUGAGCUGGAGAACUACAAGCAUGUCCAUGGUGACAUCGACAACAACAAGGCGGCCAUCUUGGAUGCCAUACAUUCCACGGAUCAGUUCCUGAAGGACAAGCGUGCCAAGCUCUCCCCAGAGAGGGUAGGUGAACUCCAGGCGACACUCGUUGACCUCCGUAAGCAGUAUGACCUUCUCAGCCGCAAGUCUGAUGAUGUCUUCAAGAACACAGAGAGCACCCUCGCUCGUCUGCGCACAGAGGAGAUAGAGAAGAUGAAGCUGAAGGAGCAGUAUGCUGAGACCAAGGAUCAGCUGAGGAACCUCGGUGACUGGCUGACCAAUGCUGAACACCAGCUUGGUGCUGAACAACCUAUCCAGGAACAGAUGAGACCACUGACAGACCAAAAGAACAAACACAAGGUGCUUCAUGAAGACAUCCUUAUCCACCAAGGCCCAUUCCUGGAGACUGUCCAAGAAGGCAACCAGCUCCUCAAGCAGAAGGGUGACCGUCUCACAGAGGACGAGUGUGCUGCCCUCAAGACACCAAUGGAUGACCUCAAGGUCCGCUAUGAGAACGCCAACGUUCAGUCCACCACACGCAGCGACAAGCUCCGUCUGGCGCUGGACGACCUCAAGAAGCUUGAACCGGAGAUGACCGAGAUGGAGGACUGGCUCCGGGAUGCAGAGCAGGCCUUAGAGAAGUCCAACCGUAAGAUUGAGCUUGGUGAUGAAGCUCUGCAGAGGCAGUACGAGGAGCAGAAGGCUCUGGCUGAUGAUGUGGUCACACAUCGUGCUGAUGUGAAGUUCAUCAACAUGACCGGACAGGCCUUUGUGGACAAUGCUAAGAUGUACAAGGAAGAGCUGAGUGACUACCGCUCCACUGCUCUGCCGAGGCAGUUCGGUCAAACCUUCAGCGAGGCACCAGAGUCCAACACCAUCCGUGACAAGCUUGGCAACAUCAACUCCCGCUACGAGAGACUCAAGACCCGUUGCCUGGAGCAUAGGGAUCGCCUUGGAGAUGUCUGUGGGAAGCAGACUCGAUACACCGAGGCUGUCAACCCAACCAUGCCCUGGUUGGACGAGAUGUAUGCUACGCUGAAGAACGUUGAGAAGGAACCCAUCGCUACAGAGCCUGAAGUUGUCCAGAGGCAGAUCGAUGAUCUGAAGGCCCUCAGUGAUGAAGUCCUCAUGCAUAGCAAGGAUGUUGAGACGGCCAAGGAAGCUGGUCGUGACCUCUCAGACUCCCAUGAGGACCUCAAGCCUGAGGUCCAGAGACAGACCAGGGACAUGAGUGACCGCUACAGCCAGCUGGAAGCCAUGCUGACCGAUCGCAGCAACCUGCUCCACACCGCCUUGACCGAGUCACAGACUGUCCAGGGUGGACUGGACUCUCUUCUGAGGUGGCUGGAGGAUACAGAGGCAACACUGAACAGACUGGAAGAAAGGACACCAAUCUCCCUGAGGAAGGAACAUCUGGCUGACGUCAUGCAACAAUACAAGAAACUUCUUGCUGAUGUUGAGAAUCGUAAGCCAAGCGUUGAUGGCAUCAACAAGUCAGCAGCUAAGCUCCUCUCCACCACGACCGACCCAGCCGAAGCCAGGGCACUCCAGUCCAAGUUGGACGCCCUAAACACCCGCUUUGAGCGCCUGUCCGGCCCUGCUCGCUCCAGCUGCGACUUCCUGCAGAAAUUGUCCGACAGGCUUGGACGUCUCCAGGAUGAGGUGGACAAACUGGAGGACUGGUUGAUACCCAUGCUGGAUCUACUGAAGGCACCUGACCUGAGCCAGAAGGACCUGACUGAACUGGGAACCAUCUUGCAGAAUGCUCGUACUCAGGCGGACAAGAACAAGGCCCAGUACAUGGACAUCCACAAGAUGGCCGAUGAACUGCUUCAUGAGAGGAGGGUCAGUGAUCCAGCUGCUCUCAAUAUCAUCCUGCAGAACCUGGAUGACAACUGGCAAGAUCUCCAAGAACUCCUGGAAUUCAGAUCGAGACAGCUUGAAGAGAGACGAGCUGCCCAGCAGGCCUACAAUAACAGUCUCAAGGAUGUCAGCUCCUGGCUCAUACCUGUAGAAAGACGCUUCAAUGGCUUCAGGGCAGUCGCCAAGGAACUGGACGACAUCAAGGAACAGUAUGAUGAAUUGAAGCCUCUGAGGAAAGAAGUCAAUGAAUACCGCCCGAACGUGGAUGAGCUGAACGAGCAAGGCACCCGACUGGAUACCAUGCUGCAUGAUGCCCAGAACGCACCAAUGAGGGCGCACCGCAGGUCAGCCCAGAUCAUGACCUCCACACCUAAGCCAACCAGUGCGGCCUCAAAGCUCAGACGACCCUUUGAGGAUGCCAACAUGAGUGGCCUCAUGGAAGAGGAGUCUGAGAUCCAGCGACAGCUAGGCGACAUCAACCGCCGCUACAACGCCCUGGACAUCAAGAUCGACGAGCGUGACGACGAGCUGGACACUGCCCUGGCCCUGACGGAACGUAGCAAGCCUGUGGAUGAGCUCCUGGACUGGGUCCAGGUGACAGAGGUCGAGCUGGCCCAGAGCGUACCUCAGCUGGACUUUGCCAAUGAAGAUGACCUAGACAAUCUCAUGGUGGAGUUUGACAAGAUCCAGGCUGUUGAGGAAUCUAUCCAGCAGUCCCAGGCCCCAGUAGCCCAUGCUGCAAUGGGGGCUGAUCAGCUCAUCAAGGACAAGGGUAAGAAGCUCAGACCGGAACAGAACCAGAACCUGCAGACCAAGAACGUGGACCUCAAGAAUCGCUAUGACGACCUUGCAUCCGGUGUGAAGCAGAAGAAGAACGACCUGGAGCAGACCAUCAAUAGGGUCAAGGCAGAUAAGGAGCAGAAGUCUCUCUUGAGCCGUCGCCUUGGUGAGACUCUGACACAGGUCGAUGACCUCAAGGACUGGAUGUCGAAGACUGAGACGAAACUUGGAGUUCAGCAACCAAUCAGUGAGCAGAUCAGACCACUAGACACUCAACUCCAACGACACAAUUCUCUGCAUGAGGACAUCGUUGACCAUGAACCUCAAGUCAGCCAGGCUGUCAACGAGGUGACCAUCCUCCUUCGGGAGUUUGAUGGCAAGCUUGCACCCGAGGAUGCCAAGGGCCUGCAGCAGGACCGUGAUAACCUCAAGAAACGCUUUGAUGCAGCCAACAUGCAGUCCCUCAGCCGAAGAGACAAGCUCACAGCCGCCCUCGAUGACCUUGAGAGGUACAGGGAAGAAUUUGCAGAGUUCAGCGACUGGCUCCUGGAGGCAGAGCAGAGGAACGAGAAGCUGAUGCGCCCUGAUGCAAGGCGCAACGACCUGAAGGCACUCAACCAGCAGAUUGAAGAGGAGAAGGAACUGAUGGAGGACAUCAGCGAUCAUAAGGGAGACCUCAAGUUCAUCAACAGGGCUGGACACAAGUUCAUUGACAACGAAAAGGCAUUCAAGCAGUUACUCUCUGAAUACCGCACGUCUGCCCUCCCAUCCCAGUUCAACCGCACGUUCGCUGAGACGCCCGACUCCAACGUCAUCCGAGAUGAGCUGGCCGACGCCUACGACCGCUACACCCGGCUGCGCAACCAGGCGAGAGACCACUACAAGUCUCUCAAGGGUCUGGUUGGUAAGCAACAGAAGUGGGAGAACUCUUGCGACGUUGUCCUGCCAUGGAUCACCGAGGCUCACGCUAAGCUCUCAGAUGUGAUGAGGGAACCUAUCGCCACGGAACCAGAGAACAUCCAUGCUCAGAUGGAGAAGGUCAAGGACCUCCAUGACCAGAUCGUCCUGCACACCAAGGAUGUAGAGAAGCUCAAAGGACAUGGCAAGGAUCUAGCUGCUUCACAGGACGCAGUCAAGGAUGAUGUCACAGGCACUGUCCGUGAUGUGUCAGACAAGUACAGCGAGAUGGAGGCCCAGCUUGCCGACCGUAGCAACCAGCUCCAGAGCAUGCUCUCCCAGUCUCACAGCGUACAGGACAGCAUUGAUAACCUUCAACGCUGGCUGGAGCAAGCUGAGAAGAACACCAGUCGGGUAGUCAACGCCCCCAUCAUCAUCCGCAAGGAAGCUCUCCUGGAACUCCUGCAGGAUCACAAGUACGUCCAAUCUGACAUUGAUACCCACAAACCGAUGAUCGAUGCCCUCAACGAUCGGGCGGAGACCCUGAUUGCCAGCAGCGACGCCCAGUUGGCCCGCAAUGUCCAAUCCAAGCUGGACGACCUCAACGCCCGCUACGGCAAGAUAUCAUCCAGCAUCCGUAACCAUGGUGAUUACCUGCAGAAGAUGUUGGUGAAGAUGAACCAGCUCCAGAGCGAUGUGGAUGGCUUUGAAGAUUGGCUCCUGCCAAUGAUUGACAGGAUGGAGUCCAAGGAGCUGCUCCGCAUGGAUCUACUAGAAAUGGGCUCCAGGUUGAUGGAUUACCAGCGAGACAUUGACGAGCAUCGCUACACCUACCAGGACAUCAAGCGUCUUGGUCAGGAGAUCACCAGGGAUCCAAAGACAUCGGAUACCUCUCGUAUUGCUGAUACUGUCACCAAUCUCAGCAAGAACUGGGACAUCCUGGAGGCUCUCCUGAAGAGAAGGAACAACCAGUUGCAACAGCGACAGGAGACACAAGACAAGUUCAACGGUCUGCUCAACUCGGUCCAGGAAUGGCUCGACCAGAUGGAGGACACGACUGACCGUCUCCCUCUCAUUGCCCUCGAGCCUCAGGUCAUCGAGCAACAGCUUCAACAGUACACGCCUGUGCAGAACAAGUAUGAUGGAUUCAACACCAAGAUUGACGAGCUCAACAAUGUUGGCUUGGCCUUUGAGAGUUUGACCUCUGACCCUGACCUGCCAUCCAAGGGAUCACCACUCAAACGUUCAAAGGUGUUCCUAAUGUCCAGAGCUGGCUCCGACACCAGGAGUCUGGAUACCAGGAGCACAGGAUCUCGCAGGAGCUCCUUCGGAUCUGAGCUUAACGAGAGCUCCUUCCUUCUGGAUGACGGUACCACCGAAACCCAGCGAAACCUCGCCGACGUCAACGAGCGCUACCAGACCCUUGGCGACAAGCUUGCUGACCGCAAAUUUGAACUGGACGAUGCUCUGGAGAAGGGCAACCUCUUCCGCAGCGAGCUGACUGGUCUGCAAGGCUGGAUGGACGGUGUGGAGGGUCAGUUGAAGCAGGAGAUACCUCAAGGCUUGACCGCAGGGGACGCUGCUAGGAGACUACAGGAACACAAGAUCGUCGUUGCUGACAUCCAGGACCACGCCCCUCACCUGACCUCUCUCCGAGGUCUUGGUGAUGAUCUGACCGCUAACCAUCGACACCAACCCGGUGCUGACGUCAUCAUUGGUCAAGUAGACUCAGCCGGUAAGUUCAGCCAAUUAUAUUCAGUACUUCAAUACUCUAUAGUUCAAUAAAUUAUAUGCAUACUG